AUGGCUAGCAACAAAUUGGUCGACCAAAACGCUUCUUCAAAAAGAGAUUCCAUUGCAUCAAAAAACAGUCACUCUGAGAGAGUUUCCAAGCUUUUGAAAAUGAGCAAUCAACGUGGAUUACAGGUGAGAAGACGAGAUUAUACUCCAGUUUACUGGGACACAUAUUUUCAUAAGAAACAUGACGUACAAGUUGGAGAAUACAGUACUUUCAGAGUUUAUGAAUGUGGAACAGAAGGACCGGUUAUAUUUUUCUUACAUGGUGGUGGUUAUUCAGCUUUGUCAUGGGCCUUGCUCUCGUCACAUCUGUGUGAAUUAGUCCAUUGUCGCUGCAUAGCUGUGGACCUACGUGGACAUGGCGAUACUUCCACUGACAGUAAUAAUGAUCUUUCUGCUGAAAUACUGUCUAGUGAUGUUGGUGCUGUGAUCAAAGCAUUGUUUGAAGAUGAAGCUCCUCCAGUCAUCCUUAUAGGACACAGUAUGGGUGGAGCCAUUGCUGUUCACACUGCUGUACAAGAAUUAGUGCCCACUUUAGCUGGUCUUGUGGUCAUUGAUGUUGUUGAAGGUACAGCAAUGGAAGCUUUGAGCAGCAUGCAAAGUUUUCUCCGAGGCCGCCCUUCUUCAUUCAAAUCUCUGGAGGAAGCCAUUGAAUGGAGUGUACGAAGUGGGCAAGUUCGUAAUUUAGACUCUGCCAGAGUUUCUAUUGUUGGUCAAGUCAAAAGUGUGGACACUGGUGAGACAGCAACUUGUGAACUGCAGAAGGUAGAAAUGAAAGAGAUGCCUUGUAAUGACAUAUCAGAAACAAUAAUAGAAGAGGAAGGAGAGGAAGGUGAAGAAAAUGAAAACAGUGAAAAUACUGAUAUUAGUCCAAGUAAGACAAGUCCCAAAUCACCAGUCUCUUCUCAUGUAAUAAGAGGAGAUUCUAUUGAAAGCUCUGUUGAUCCACCACCAAAACCAAAGAAUUUAUCACAUAGAUACACUUGGAGAAUUGAUUUAUCAAAGACAGAUAAAUAUUGGACAGGUUGGUUCAAAGGCUUAUCAGAAAAGUUCUUGUCUUGUAACAUUCCUAAGCUUCUCCUUCUUGCAGGUGUUGAUAGACUGGAUAAAGAUCUCACUAUUGGUCAAAUGCAAGGCAAGUUUCAAAUGCAGGUGCUCCCCCAAUGUGGUCAUGCAGUACAUGAAGAUGUACCUGAAAAAGUAGCAGAUGUGUUAGCAACAUUCUUGGUCAGACACAAAAUGGCUACCCCAGCCUGUAAUUUCCAAAGAACAUUUCCCGCCUGUUAA